UUUAAAGUGACAAAAAUAUUCACUUGUGUACAAUAUCUGUGUAUAUUUUUCAUUUGUGGUGACACAAAAGACAGAAGUGUGUAUCUGGUGUGCUAUUGUAUAUAAAAUCAAUUUAGAUUCAGGAAAGAGUUACAUAAACUGAAGAAAAAAUGUCAGCCGUCAAUUUUAUUUACAAUACAAUUUUUAGACGAACUUCUACUUUCGUUUUCGCAAUUGUCGUUUCCAGCUUCAUUUUCGAACGAUCAGUGGAUAUUGCAGCUGAUACUAUUUUUGAAAAAAGGAACAAAGGGAAACUGUGGAAGGACAUCAAGCAUAAAUAUGAGUAGUGAAGAAUUCUAUAAAAAAAAUUUAUUAUCGUUAUUAGUCAAUACUAUACCUACUUUUCUUGAUAUCCAAAGAAUUGAUGAUUUGUAUGAAAAAAUAAAGAAUAGUUAAAUGUAAAAA